UUGAGCUCAGCGUGACUGGCAACUUGACGCACGCACCGGAACAGGCCCACGGUGGAAUUCUUUUUUCGCUUCCUGCCUCGAGAGUGCACCAGGGCAGGAGACUACUAAUUUUUUAACGUAUCGGUACUUUAGUUCACCUGUUUGAAAAUCCUCUCGUAGAAGCUCCUGUUUUUUCCAUGGAGGUAUUAAAACGAGAGCUUUCUUCUAUACCAGGGCAGGAGACGACGUAUAUUUUUAAUGUAUCGAGGGAGAGAGACAGACCAACGGACCCUCUGCCUUUGAGGUCGACACUCGAAGAAAACGUGAGGGAACCGCUACACCUCCCCCCGAGCACCCUCAGUAAAGGACCUUGAGGCAUUUUUUUCCUCUUAUAUCCAGCGGGAUGAUCGAAGAACAGGUAUUCUCAUCUUGAAUCAACGGAGAGAGCGAGGAGCGGCGGAGAGUGGCGGGCCGAAGCCACGUCACACGAUGAGGCCCGUGGCGGCUACCUUGGGCCCCCUGCAGCCCUACAUCACCACCACGCACUGCAAGGGUCCCGUGCGGGUUGAGGACAUCUCCACCACGCCCUGCAGCACGCCCUGCAGCACGCCCUACGCUACACCCCUGCCUGCCACAGACACCCCAAGUCCGGGGGGAAGAUGGCUACGACCCCUGGGGUACGCGGAGAGGUUCAUGACGAUGUCUCAUGAUUACGGCUGCAUGACCACAGUCUACGCCCUCUGGCUGGAGUCUAGAGUCCCUCUGGACUUCGAAAUGGUGAAACAUGCAUCCGUCCUUAUGUACAGGAAAAUGCCAAACCUCCGACUGUACCUCGACUACCGGGAUGGCCAGUACUGGUGGCGGGAAAUGACGCGAGAAGUGGUGGACGUGGAGGAGAUGACCUCAGACGACGUGGAGGGCACCGUGCAGCGGUUGGUGCGGCGCCGUUACCGCAUGUUCGACGGUCCUCUGUGGUUCACGCGAUUCGUCACAGUCGGCAGUGGAGACGACUAUGAAAGAGAUUCGAACCACAAUGUUAAAUACAAGUACGUGUGCAUCUUCGGGUUCCACCACAACGUGAGUGACGGCAGCACCAACAUGAAGUUCUGCCAAGUGUUUCUUAACGUGUUGAACGACCUCGCCGCGGGUCGCACGAUAGACCUGCGGCAGGAGGGUAUAUUCCCGGCGCCGCUGCAGGAUCGCCUCGGCGAGGAAGCGGGUUCCCGACUAUUCUACUUGGGCAUUUUCCUGCGUCGCUUGUACACCAUAGUCCUCACCUUCGGCAUUCCCGUGUGGAAUUUCAUCACCGUGUACCGCAUGCCGCGGAACCGAGAAGCCGCGACACACCUGUUGCAACUGGAGCUGAACGAGAUCACCACCAGCAGGCUGCUACGGCGAUGCAAGAUGGAAGGGGUCACGCUUAACUCUGCCUUCACGGCCGCUGCCAACUUGGCCUUGUACUCAAUGGUGAUGGCCAAGAACCCUAACCUGGGCCAAGCCAGUAUGUGCUCGCAACAAGUGAUCAACAUGCGCCGCUACUGGCCGGAGGAGCUCAGGCCAAACACCCUUGGAUGCCAUAUAUCACUUCUCGACUUGAGUUUCCCGACGGAAGAGGAGGACCUGGACGCCUUCUGGGAGUACGCCCGCCGUGUACACGACCUCCUGAACUAUCACCUCACGGAAACCAAGCGGGCCCUCAAGCUGCAGCAGAUGAGUCGCAGUUUGAGUCUCAUUAUCUUCUUCAACGCCGUGCUGGCCAAGCUUGGGCUGCCCUCCGGCAAUGACAAUCACUACACCCUCACCAACAUGGGCAACCUGAGCAAAACCUUCUCCGGCAGCGGCGACGAGGUGGAGGCGACGCGACUACUACGCACCGUGUCCUGCCACUUCAUGCCCACGCUCUGCCAACACACACUGCAGACCUUCCGCGGCCGCCUCUCCUACUCCCUCGACUACUACACGCAGAAGCUCACCCGGGAGACGGCCUACCAGUACGCCCGCGGCAUCCUUCAACUCCUCACCAAUGCCAUCCACACCCCGAACUAACUCCUCAUCCGUCCCUUUCCCCGAACUCUUCCUACACCCCCACACACCGCCGCCCUUCCCUCUACGUGCAGUUUACCAGCCUGCGGUACUUGACACGUUGGCUCCAAGAACACCAUAAGCAACAAACAUUCCAUUACAUGAACUAAUUCGAUGAACAUGUGAAAAUACUGUCUCGUGAGAUGUGUUUGAGGCGACUCGGCAACUAGACAUUACCGUCAUGUUGUGACUGAUAACACGGCGCUGAGAACGCGCUCACCGGCCACGAGUUGUCGUUCCCGCGCCUCUGGAAACCCUGGAGUAACCCGAAGGUCAAAUCCCGCACGCCAGUACUUGCCUGUCGGGGAAGGAGUGAGGCCUCUGCCAAAGAAGCUGACUGACCAGCGCCGCCCCAUGACUGCUCACCCACACAGCCAGUCUACCUCCCGCCGUGUGGCACAUAAACAUGUACAAAUCUCGCGUUUUGCAUUUUCCUCUGUUGAGGACCAGUAUUAAGUUGCUACACCUCACACUUCUCUGUCUAGGACUGUAAGACAUGAUUAACGACUCUUGUAAGCAAGAAUCUUAAUUUUAGAGUAAUACGUAACCAUAAAUAAUUGUGUAUACCACAUUGUCUAGGUAAGUGCAAAUAACAAUAAAAAUACUAAAAAUGAGGAUUGAAGAGGACGUUGUAUGCCAUCCGUUGACACAUCCUUCUUUUCCCCGGUGUGGACUUCUUAAUUAUUAAUAAAUUAUGUAAAAUUUUAGAAUAAGUUAUUUGAACAAGUUCGCCUGCUUCCUCGUGUUGUGUUGACUGGAAACUCAGGGCCUUCCUUCCUGUGCGAGACGACCCGGCUCACCAACGCCGGCCGCGAGUGUUGCUGAGAACUACAGUAGGUGCAGGAGAGAGAGAGAGAGAGAGAGAGAGAGAGAGAGAGAGAGAGAGAGAGAGAGAGAGAAAUAGAUGGAGGGGGUAGGAAAGGAAUGCAUGAGUGAUGAAAGGAGGGCGGUGGGAGAGUCAAAGAAUGCAUGGGUAAGUGAAGAAAGGAGGGAGGGAGGGAGGGAAGGAGGAAAGAAAGAUGUACUGAAGUGAAAGAGGAAAAACGAAACCCCCUCGCACUGACAGCCACCAAAUGUAGUCCUUGCAAUGGCCAAUCCCCUCUCCCUCCUGCGCCUCCUGCCUGAUAUGACGAUCGAAACUCUUUCUCUAAACUUUGAGUCCUUCCAAAUGAUUGUUGAACUCAUACCAACCUCCUUUUGCACUUUCUGUUCUCACGGCUAAGAAUUAUGGGUACUUAUAGUGAGGUGUUCGUGUAGUGAUACGUCAUUUGUUUCAUCACUAGUAUUACAAACAUAGACAUUACUUGUUAACUUCCAUCUAUGUGUUGUCUUGUAUAUAUGAAUGUUACGUAUGCCAUAUAUGUACACCAAAGUGAAGAGUUGGUUAAUAAUUCCAUCAAAAGUUGUCUUUGUAUACUCGUGACGUUCACUUUUGUUGCCCGACGAGCCGCCGCCUCAGUCCAAGUCAUUGUUAUUUCUUUACUAUUAAAAUCAAAAUAACG